AUGAACUGCACCGCCAGCCCGUGUCUCGCCCCCUGCUUUAGGGAAUUGCUCGAAGAAUUCCGCAACCGAACACAGACGUCUAGCGCCGAUAAGGAGAAGAAUGCGCAUUUAUUCAUCAUUGUUAUCGUUGUAUUCUACGCCGCUAUCGCCAUGGCCCUGCUACUUGCCUACAUCAAAUCCAGGAAGCUCGAGAAUAAAAACGACCCUUACCACAUCUAUAUUAAGAAAAACUGGAACGUGGCCGAGGGAGCCCGAGCGCUCGAGUCGGACCGCGAUAGCGUGGAGAUCGAGCAGCUGCUGAACUGA